UAGCAGUUGUUGCCGAACAACACCGUUAGUACUAUCGGCUUGCCAUCUCGUCACAAACACCAUUUGAGCAAAUAACCUCGUUGGUGCGUCUACACAUCGCACUAUACUUAAGUUUCAAAUCUGUUGUGCGAUCAUGAGGGAAAUAUUACAUCUACAAGCCGGGCAAUGUGGAAAUCAAAUUGGAGCUAAAUUUUGGGAGAUAAUCUCUGACGAACAUGGCAUAGAUCCUUCUGGAACUUAUCAUGGCGAUAAUGAUUUACAACUGGAAAGAAUUAAUGUGUACUACAAUGAAGCGAGCACUCAGGGAAGUUACGUUCCAAGGGCGAUUUUGGUGGACUUAGAACCUGGCACCAUGGAUUCAGUGCGUUCCGGACCUUUUGGACAAUUAUUCCGUCCAGACAACUAUGUUUUUGGCCAAAGUGGAGCUGGUAACAACUGGGCUAAAGGACAUUAUACCGAAGGCGCUGAGUUAGUGGAUGCGGUCAUGGAUGUCGUGCGCCGUGAAGCUGAAAACUGCGAUUGUCUGCAAGGGUUCCAACUGGCUCACUCACUGGGUGGUGGUACAGGCUCAGGCAUGGGUACUUUGUUGAUAUCCAAGAUAAGGGAAGAAUAUCCCGAUAGAAUUAUGAAUACUUUCAGUGUUGUACCAUCUCCUAAAGUUUCAGACACGGUUGUCGAACCAUAUAAUGCUACACUAUCCGUUCACCAACUUGUAGAGAAUACAGAUGAAACUUUUUGUAUUGACAACGAAGCGUUGUACGAUAUUUGUUUCAGAACACUUAAACUUUCUUCGCCCACUUAUGGUGAUCUUAACCAUUUAGUCUCGAUAACUAUGUCCGGAGUAACUACAUGUCUACGGUUCCCUGGUCAAUUGAACGCUGAUUUAAGGAAGUUAGCUGUAAAUAUGGUUCCUUUCCCACGGUUGCAUUUCUUUAUGCCAGGAUUUGCUCCACUAACAGCCAGGGGUAGUCAAUCAUAUAGAGCUUUAUCUGUACCCGAACUAACGCAACAAAUGUUUGACGCAAAAAAUAUGAUGACUGCUUGUGAUCCUAGACAUGGACGUUAUUUAACUGUGGCUGCCAUUUUCAGAGGUAUUAUGUCCAUGAAAGAGGUUGAUGAACAAAUGCUCAACAUCCAAAAUAAAAAUUCAGGAUAUUUUGUUGAAUGGAUCCCAAGUAACGUAAAAGUAGCAGUUUGUGACAUACCACCGAGAGGAUUAAAAAUGUCAGCCACUUUUAUCGGUAAUACCACUGCCAUUCAGGAAAUUUUCAAACGCAUAUCCGAACAAUUUACUGCCAUGUUUAGACGCAAAGCUUUUCUCCAUUGGUAUACUGGUGAGGGGAUGGAUGAAAUGGAAUUUACCGAGGCUGAGUCUAAUAUGAACGAUUUAGUUUCUGAAUAUCAACAAUAUCAGGAAGCAACUGCAGAAGAAACCGAAUUUGACGACGAAGAAGUAAUCCACGAAGAAGUUGAUGAAAACUAAGAGUAUUGAAGAACAAUAUUUUGAAUAUAAUAAUAUUUUUUUAUAGAAAAAAUUCCAAAUUUGUUUUUUGUUGACCAUUUUAUUAUAGUUUAAUAAUAUAAAUGGUAUUAAGAAU